AUGCGUGAGAUCAUCAGCAUCAACGUCGGUCAGGCCGGUUGCCAGAUUGCCAACUCCUGCUGGGAGCUGUAUUGCCUCGAGCAUGGCAUCCAGCCCGAUGGUUACCUUACCGAGGAGCGCAAGGCCGCCGAGCCCGACCACGGCUUCAGCACUUUCUUCACCGAGACUGGCAACGGCAAGUACGUCCCGCGAACCAUCUACUGCGAUCUCGAGCCCAACGUUGUCGACGAGGUCCGCACCGGAGCCUACCGGAGCCUUUUCCACCCCGAGCAGAUGAUCACUGGCAAGGAGGAUGCAUCCAACAACUAUGCUCGUGGCCACUACACAGUCGGUAAGGAGCUGAUUGACCAGGUCCUGGACAAGGUUCGCCGUGUCGCCGACAGCUGUGCCGGCCUGCAGGGCUUCCUCGUCUUCCACUCCUUUGGUGGCGGUACCGGUUCCGGUUUUGGUGCUCUCCUGAUGGAGCGCCUUUCCGUCGACUACGGCAAGAAGAGCAAGCUCGAGUUCUGCAUCUACCCGGCCCCUCAGACCGCGACCUCCGUCGUCGAGCCUUACAACUCGAUCCUGACGACCCACACCACCCUUGAGCACGCCGACUGCUCUUUCAUGGUCGACAACGAUGCCAUUUAUGACAUCUGCCGCCGCAACCUUGGCCUCGAGCGUCCCAACUACGAGAACCUGAACCGCCUGAUUGCCCAGGUUGUCUCCUCCAUCACCGCCUCCCUGCGAUUCGAUGGAUCUCUCAACGUCGAUCUGAACGAGUUCCAGACGAACCUGGUUCCCUACCCUCGCAUCCACUUCCCUCUCGUCGCCUACUCGCCGGUCAUCUCGGCAGCCAAGGCUGCGCACGAGGUCAACUCUGUCCAGGAGAUCACCAUGUCCUGCUUCGAGCCUAACAACCAGAUGGUCAAGUGUGACCCCCGACACGGAAAGUACAUGGCCACCUGCUUGCUGUACCGUGGCGACGUCGUCCCCAAGGACGCCCAUGCUGCUGUUGCAACCCUCAAGACCAAGCGCACCAUUCAGUUCGUUGACUGGUGCCCUACUGGCUUCAAGCUGGGUAUCUGCUUCCAGCCCCCCGAGAACGUUCCCAACGGAGACCUGGCCAAGGUCAACCGCGCAGUGUGCAUGCUCUCCAACACCACCGCCAUUGCCGAGGCCUGGUCCGCCCUUUCCUCCAAGUUCGAUCUCAUGUACUCGAAGCGUGCCUUCGUCCACUGGUACGUCGGCGAGGGUAUGGAGGAGGGCGAGUUCUCGGAGGCUCGCGAGGAUCUUGCUGCUUUGGAGCGCGAUUACGAGGAGGUCGCUACCGACUCGCUGGAGGGCGACGAUGGCCUCGAGGCUGAGUACUAG